AUGAACGACCCGUGCGGUCCGAUGUACGAUCCUGAUCGAGACACAUACCACAUCUUCUACCAGUCUUUUCCGCAGCACCUCAACUUUGGCAAUACAAGCUGGGGCCAUGCCACGUCCAAGGAUCUGAUCACCUGGACCGACGUCGGUGGAUGGGAUCAUCGUAGUUUUGUGGCGAUUGAGCCUAGCAACUAUUCUGUGCCUUCGUAUGACUGGCUUGGUGCUUUCUCUGGAGGCGCUUAUGCUACGAAUCUCAAUGGCGAUCAGGACGGCAAUCUUACCUUAAUGUACUCAGGAGAUGUCCUGCUUCCGGACAAUUGGAAGAAGCCUUACGAGCUUGGACCGCCAUAUGCUACCGAGACCCAGAACAUUGCAACAUCCUCUGACGGUGGUAUUACUUGGCAGAAGUGGGAAGGCAACCCCUGGCUCAACGGACAGCCUGGUGGCUGGAAUGUUACUGGUCUGCGAGAUCCUGUCUUUGCGCCAAACGCGAGGCUCGACAAGAUCCUGGGCCGUGAAGAGGGAAGCAAAUGGUAUCUGGUGAUGGGUAGCGGUAUACGCGAGGUUGGUCCGCGCAUACCGCUGUUUUCGGCAAACUCGCACGACCUCACCAACUGGACUUUCGAAGGUGCUCUCUGGGAGCCUCCAAUCAACUACACCUGGGGUGGAGAUCGUACAAAGACUGGCAACUAUGGCGCCAACUUUGAGCUAGCUGGCUUUUUCGAUGAAGUCGAGAAAGUGAAGUACGGGGGCGAUGGUCACACUACCAAGUGGAUCGUUCCAUUCGGCGCCGAAGGUUACAACGACACCUGGCAUCCGCUUGAGCACUGGUCGCUGUUCGUCCUCGGAGAUGUGCACAGACGUGCUAAUGGCUCCGCUGAAUUCGAAGUGCAGGCUUCUGGUGUUCUCGACUGGGGCAAAGCCUAUGCUCUGAACCAAUUCUACGAUUCGAAGAAUGAUCGCAGAGUCGUCUGGGGUUGGAGUGAUGAAGAUCUCAACAACACUGGCUUGAUCCAGCAAGGCUUCCAAGGCUCGCUGGGAUUACCGCGCGAGCUGUACAUUCUGAAGUCGCAUAAUGUCCUUCCACCAAAGGACGGUAUAUGUGACGGGCCCGAGAUCUGGGAGGCAAGCUCUGAUAACAGGACAUAUACCGUCACCACCGUGGCUCAACAUCCGCUCUCUGAGGUCGUUGAGGCAAUUCAUGGCGAGGAGCAAGACCUCAAGCCCAGUGCAUUGGAUCUGAGCGGAAGAACGGGUUUCGACAGCAUAAACAGCUCUCACUUCCAUCUGCAAACGACCUUCACACCGCCAUCAGCUGUUCACAACAACAGUUAUAUCGGCGUCCAGGUUCGCGCAAGUCCAAACCGAGAAGAGUACGCCGAGAUCCGCUACUACUCAGCCAACUCCUCCAUCGUGCUCGAUCGCAGCCGGUCCUCGCUGAUCACGAACUUCAUCAAAACCACUUUCGUCGGACACUUCGAGCCGUACACAUAUGCCAACGGCACUACCGAAGACAUUACGAUGGACUUCUUCGUCGAUGGCAGCCUGCCGGAGAUCUUCGUCAAUGACCGCUUUGCCAUGACUUCCCGGAUUUAUCCAUCUAGAGCAGAUGCCCUUGGGGCUGCGCUCGUCAGUCAUGAUGGGAGUAACAUUGUGAGGAGCGUCAAGUUCUGGGAGAUGGAGUUGAAUGUGUGGCCCGAGAGGUCUUUGAAUGCGAGUUCGCCACUGGUCCAGGAUGCAUACUAUGAGACGCACAUUGAGUUUGACAAUCCGUAUUUGCCGACUGGGUACGAAUUGUACGUAGGCAACUGA